AGCUGGUCUGGUGUGUUGCUUUGAGUAUGUUUAUGUUUUGGUAUUUUAUUGUCCAAUUUCCCAGAAUUUUUUCUUUCUUUAAAUCGAUUAAUUUAAAUUUGUCAUCUAAUUUUGAUUAACUUAAUUAUUUCUUCGAUAAUAAGUUUAUUUGGGAACCUUAAGCUGCUUAUAGAUAGCAUCUAAGCUAUUGUAAAAUUAAGUCAAUCAGUGACUCUCAUCAAUAUUCAACGUUUAACUCUUUAAUACACAUCGUGCCCUACCAAUGGCUCCUAAAUAUAAGUUUCAUGAAGGUGAAAAAGUUCUGUGCUUCCAUGGACCUAUUCUUUAUGAAGCAAAAUGUGUAAAAAUCCAAGCUAAAGACAAGGUUGUCAAAUAUUUUGUUCACUAUCAAGGAUGGAAUAAAAGUUGGGAUGAAUGGGUUCCUGAAAGCCGAGUUUUGAAGUAUAAUGAAGCUAAUGUCCAGAAACAGAAAGAAUUACAAGAAGCUCACAAUGCUGUCAAACCCAAGGGAAAGAGUAAAAAAAGAGCUAGCGGAGACAAAGAAGCUGCAGCUACUCCUAAAACAGAUAAAACUGCGAAACCUAAACCGGGAACCAUAACUGCUGUAACACCAACUGAACCUAAAGACAGCGGGGAAAAGGAAACUGGAGGUAAAAAGAGGCGCAUUAAAGUUGACCAGACAAGCGAAGAAGAUUACCAAAAUUUACCAGAAGUUAAGAUUAUGAUGCCAGAAGAACUGAAAACAAUACUUAAGGAGGAUUGGGAGAUGGUUAAUAAAAGUAAUAAGCUUGUAGUGAUACCUGCACAGUCAACAGUAGACGACAUUCUUGAAGACUAUGUCAGCUUCAAAAAGAAAGAAUCGACUCUCACACCUCCAAAAAUCAGUAUCAUUUAUGAGAUUACCAAUGGUAUUCGCGAGUAUUUCAACGUAGUACUUGGCAGUUUACUUCUUUACAAAUCUGAAAGACUACAGUUUGAACAGUCAACCAAAGAAGGUGAAGACAUUGACAUUCUUCCCUCUUCUAUUUACGGAUUUAUUCAUCUUCUGAGACUAUUUGUUAAAUUUGGGAAUCUCUUAGCUCACUCACACACUGACGAAAAAAGUAUUCAAUCAUUAAUUCCUCAUUUCGACGAUUUCCUUAGUUUUUGCGCCAAACAUUCAACCUCUUAUUAUUCAUUAGAAGACUAUACCUCGCAACAACAACAUUCAGACACUUCCAAAAAAUCCUCAUCUUGAUUUGGUUAAUGAUAAAGAAAACGCUGGUUAAUAAAAGUAAUCAUCAUUGAGACAAAUUGGUUUAAACUGCAUCUUUACCAAGGAAUCUAUUGAAACGUUUCACUGAAUUCAAUGUAAAGCAAAAAUUAUUAACACAAGCAAAUUUUAACAUCACUCGAUAGUAUUACAAUAUACUUACCCUUUCAACAAUCAAA